AGUCCGGGAGUGAGGGGCAUUUUCGGCACUAAGAGGGUGAAGGUUCUUAAGAAAACCCUAAUUCGCCCAGAACCCUAAACUUGGUCGGCGACGCAAUCAAAGCAACUCGAGACUCAGCGCGAGGAAGUUCAUCGGAGAGAAGAAAAAUGGCGAAAUCCAUGAGAUCCAAAAGAGAGAAGAGGCUGAGGGCCAUUAGGAGAGAGAUGGUUGACCCUUUUUACGACAAGAAAGACGCUGCGAAGCUCGCUGCUCAAGAGGCUGCCCUUGCUGCCCCUAAGCUUCCCGUGCGUUCCUCUCCUUUCACCUCCAAUGUCUCUACUAUGGACGUCGCACAAGCCUCUACUUCUACCGACGCCGACACUGCUAUGGAUGUGGAGAUGGAUGAUUGCAGUCGAAGCAACACGCUGAAGCCUGUAGGUGGAAUUGGCAAGAAAUCCAAAAGAAAAUUCAAGGUUGGCAAGGCGAAGCGCCGGGGUAAGUGCAAGAUCAAGAGGAAUCGACACAUUUAAGCCCUGAUAGAUGUAUGGGGAAUAUUUCCCCCCGUGGCCAGUAUAGAUAGUCUCUUGGAAUAGUACUAUAUUAUAUUAUUUCAGUUAAUUUGUCACACUUGAAAUUUUGAAAUUUUGGAUCUAAAUUCCGAGUUAGAGGCUUACCUAAUGUUGUACUAUCUGGCUUUCGCGUAGACGAAAUAGUUGAAAUUCCGAGGAUGAAACUUGGUCAAAGAAGGUAGCAACUAGUUGCCCAAUAUUUAACGCAAACUGACCUCCGACUUACAAGUCCACGAUUAGGAACUUGUUUAUGUAUUGCGAGCUAGAGGCCUGCUGUGAAAUAUGAAAUUAUAUGGUGGCGGAUAAUUCCUUUUGAGCAUAAAAACUACGUCCCAUUUUAUUA